CUAUGAAACUGAAGUGCUUCAUUUGAGAAUUAACAGUUCUUGAUUGCUCUCUCUAUAUAUAGAGGGUUUCAUUAGCUAUUUUAUAAUAUCAAUACAGAAAAUUAAAACUCUACUCAGUUGUUAAAAUAUGAAGAGUUUUCUAAGUGCACCAACCUUGGUAUUUCUCCUGGUGAUUGGAGUUCUUGUUUUAAAUUCCAGGCCAACCUCUUCUUGGUUAGAAGUUGAGGACCAGACAGAAUUUAGUUACAUACCUGGGAGCCCAAAUGGACCAGAAAAUUGGGGAAAACUUCAUAAAGAUUGGGCAAUAUGUAACAAUGGAACUAAACAAUCGCCAAUCGAUAUCGUUUGCAACAGGAUGAUAAGCGCGCCAUGGUUAAGGAAACUGAAGAAGUUGUACAAACCAUCAUCUGCAACCCUGACGAAUAGAGGUCAUGAUAUCGAACUCCAAUGGGAUGUUCCAGGAAGUGCUGGAUUUAUUAAGAUCUACGGUACUAUUUAUACUCUUGAUCGAGUUCAUUGGCACUCACCUUCCGAGCACACCAUCAAUGGAAAAAGGUAUGAUUUAGAACUGCAUAUGGUUCAUAAAAAUGUGCGACUCCAGAAGGUGGCUGUCGUCGCAGUUCUAUACAAGAUUUGUUCUGGAUGUACAGAUUCAUUUCUUUCUAUGCUGGAGAGCGCUAUAUGUGAAAUAUCUGCAGGCACUGAGAAAAAAGUGAGUCUAGGCCUUGUCGAUCCAAACGACAUUGAUGUUGGUAGUAGGGAAUAUUACAGAUAUAAGGGUUCUCUUACUACUCCUCCUUGUACUGAAGGUGUUAUCUGGACCAUCAAGAAACAGGUGAUGACUGUUUCGAAAGAGCAAGUAAUGUCACUCAGAAUUGCUGUUCACGAUGGUGCAAUUGGCAAUGCAAGACCAUUACAAGCGAUAAAUAACCGACACAUCCUGUAUUAUCAUCCAUGGUUUCAAACCACAUCACCGCUAUCAACAGCCGAUAUGUAGAGAGUGCUUUGUGCAAGUUUCAUUUCCGGUUUUCUUCUGAUCUUUACCUAGCUGUUGUUGUUGUUAUUGGAAUAAUCAGGUUCAAUUACUGUUCCUAGAAUUGUAAUUCAACUGUAAGGAAGUUUGGUGUAAAAUAAAUAAAGGUUAUUUAACGUUUGGUACCCA